AUGUCUUAUCAAUUCUCCUCACAUCUUACCCGAGUUCAGGUCGAUCUCUCUCCAACAGCAUAUGCACUCGGCUGGCGAUGCGAACCGCUGCCCAGUGACAGACGACCGGGUACCGAAGCCAAAUGUCAGCCUGUCCAGAUUGUACGAACGCCCGACCGUGCAGAUAUCGCUUUCGAUCUCAUCAUUCCAGGAUUUCCAGAGGUCCCGCCUGCAGGCGAAGGCAUGCCCGAGAUGUACCAGUGCUGUAGACCUCAGGCGAUCCAAGCAAUCAUAGUAGGCUGGCCUGAUCGACUCAUUACCGAAGGACCGUGUCGAUAUGAGUUACUAUGCGAAGCCACCUCACCGCCUGGCAUGCCUCCCAAGCCAGACUUUUGCGCACUAUUCUACGCACCGCCAGUCAGAUACCGUUGCGAGAGUCAGUUGACCGAUCUUGGCUUCUGUCUCUUCUCUGUCGAUCGCUAG